UGGUGUGUAAUUGAAUUGUAGUGAAUCUGCGCGUAACACCGCCCCUUCAAGCGGGGAUCAGCCUCUUCCGCGCCGCACACAGAUCCGCCCUGACCGGGCUAACAAACAGAAGAGAGGCGAUGAACGAGUGAUUGAGAUAUAGAGGGAGAGAGAGGGAGAGAGAGAAAGAGAGAGCGAGGAAAGGACACACAUCAAUACUUCAGAUAUCGGAUCGUGUUAAAGGGAAAACCUGUGUAAAUCCUGAGAGACUUGAGGCACACAUACGGACUUUGGAGAAGAGAUUGGGACUAUCCUAGAGGAGCACAUACAACACAGAGACAUUUAAACAGACUUUAGACAUUAAAUGCGUGACCAUGACGGCAGCUGUCGACAUGAAGCCGUUAACAAUAAUUAAAUCCGAAAAACUAGACGAUCUGGAAUGUGCGGAUGUCCCUUUACUCACUCCAGGAAGUAAAGAGAUGAUGUCACAGGCUCUGUUGGCCACGUUCAGUGGCUUCACCAGGGAGCAACAGCGACUCUCUAUCCCAAAAGACCCACGGGAGUGGACAAAUGCUCACGUGAGAGAAUGGUUAACCUGGACGGUGAAUGAGUUCAGUCUGAAGAAUGUCGACUUCCAUAAGUUCAGCAUGGACGGGGCCACUCUCUGCGCUCUGGGUAAAGAACGCUUCCUGGACCUCGCGCCAGACUUCGUGGGUGACAUCCUGUGGGAGCAUUUAGAGAUGCUGCAGAAAGGUGAAAAAGACCAGAAACAUUUCCCCGUCAAUGGUCUGACCUCCAGUUUCCAAGAAUCCCGCUACUCCUCAGACUACUUCUUCAAUUACGGCAUAGAGCAUCCACAAUGCGUCCCUCCUUCAGAAUACGCAGAGCCGAGCUUCAUAACAGAGUCGUACCAGACCCUUCACCCCAUUAGCUCGGAAGACCUGCUGUCGCUCAAAUACGAGAGCGACUAUCCGAACGUCAUCCUGCGCGACGCGCCUCUCAAUACGCUGCAAGGAGAUUACUUCACGGUCAAACAGGAAGUUGUGUCACCUGACAAUAUGUGCGUGGGCAGAAUUAGCAGAGGUAAGCUCGGAGGCCAAGAUUCAUUCGAGAGCAUCGACAGUUUCGAGAGCUGCGACAGGCUGACUCAGUCCUGGAGCAGUCAGUCGUCGUUCAACAGCCUACAGAGAGUUCCCUCCUAUGACAGCUUUGACUCUGAGGACUACCCCACCGCACUGCACGGACACAAGCCAAAGGGUACCUUCAAAGACUACGUACGGGAGCGAUCGGACCUCAGCAAAGACAAACCAGUCAUCCCGGCAGCUGCGCUCGCUGGGUACACAGGCAGUGGACCCAUCCAGCUCUGGCAGUUUCUGUUGGAGCUCUUGACAGACAAAUCCUGCCAGUCUUUCAUCAGUUGGACCGGAGACGGCUGGGAGUUCAAACUUUCUGACCCUGAUGAGGUUGCACGUAGGUGGGGCAAGAGGAAAAACAAGCCCAAGAUGAACUACGAGAAGUUGAGUCGCGGUCUACGCUACUACUACGACAAAAACAUCAUCCACAAGACGUCCGGCAAACGUUACGUCUACCGCUUUGUGUGUGAUUUGAAAAGCCUGCUGGGAUACACUCCCGAAGAGCUCCACACCAUGUUAGAUGUGAAGCCUGACACGGAUGAGUAAACUCCAGACUGGAGAAAGAGGAGAUUGAGGCUGAAAAUGUCCCUCAAACACCAUGGAGUCAAUUUCCGGCUCCAGUCACAUUCCAUCUGAACACCUAGUUGUGGUCAAGUCUUGUUUUGAGCUCAUUGAAGAGACAAAAGAAAGCAUCACAACAUUUACCAAAGUUUAUGACGUGUGGACUUUGUGCGUCUGUAUUGUUUAUAGCUCUGCAGGGGAAGAGAAAACUGUAAGUUCAGGUAAAAAUGCCAUUUUGACUCAGUAGCACAAACAGCAGACUGCGAAAGCAGAGAAAUACAAGGACUUCUCGGACUGGUCAUUAAACACGUUGCCAAAAUUAGAGACAAGAGGAAUAUCGCAGAAAUAUUUACUACUACAUUUUGUUUUCUGUUUCUCUCUCCUUGCAUACACAACACGAGGGAAGAGUUCUCAGCCGGACCAAAAUAACGAAAAGUGUUUGUUUAUUUUUUUAUUGUUGUGUAAAGAUAUAUAUGUGUGCCAGUAUUAAUUUCUGGAGAUCACUUGCUGUUUUAUUAUUGUCUGGACAGAGAUUGUGUCGUUUGUACAUUUUCAUACGCAGAAGAUGAAGGAUUAUUAAAGUCGUGCUUAGACAUUCCCCCUGCUUUUAAGGUCAUAGUUGGUUGUGUUCUGCUCUCACCACAGUGUCCAUGCCUGAAAAGACUGUUUUUGAUCAACCAAUCAUAACAGAUACCAAAGUCUCGCCUCAUUUCUGUUGAAGGAGACGCGUCUCAGUCAAACUGAGAGUUGGCGAGAGGCACGUUUGAAAACGGCCGUUGACUGCUCAGCGGUGACACACAAGAGCACACAAUCCACCAAUACAUCUGUGGUAGAAAAAGAUGCCUGUACGCAAGACUGGCAGUUAUAUUAAGACAAAAAAACAUCAAACAUUUCUUGUCUUUUUUCGUACACUUCAUUUUUCUCUGUAAAGCGUUGCCUUAAUGGGAUGUAUAUGUACUUGAUGUGUUAUCGUGAGGUUGAUUGAAAAGUGUUGGGUAGGUUAUGACCGAAGCUUCUAUUCAACCAUAUUCAAACUAAUCCGUUCGUGUUAACUGAUCCAAAAGCCAUAAACUCAAGAUGUUUGAGUAGUGCAGUGUAAAGCAUUCUUACCUUGUUGAAGACGUUAUUGAGCCAUGUUUUAAAGUAAAGAUUGCGUUAAGUAUCGUAUGUGGUUCGGAAAGUGGAGAAAGAUCUACUGGGUAGUGUUCGUUUUGUUUUUAAGAUGGAUUUAGAAAGUGGCUGUUGGCUGUUUAUUGGGUGAUACAUGUAAAAUCGUUCGCACGCUUUAUAUCCCAAUGCCGUUGAUGGUCUGUUGGCAUGGUUCGCUGUGGCAAAUGCCGCUAUCGCAAACAAGAUAGUAAUGCACAAUGGAAAGUGGAAGUUUGAGGUUUUUCGAUGCAGUAUUAUGGACAUUUAAUUGUUUUAGUCAUCACUGGCCGUUCUUUUUAGUUUACAUUACAGCUUCCAUGUUAGCUUUUAGUCACAUAAAACUGAAUUAUAGUAAUGAAUAACAUGCUUUAAAUGCAGUAGUGAAACUGUGCAUUUGGCGUAAUUGUCAGUGCGGUUGAUUACAAUAAUGUGCACAAUGUGCAAGAUGGAAACUGUAAUGUAAACGUUACCAAUAUUUUAUUUUUAAAGUAAAAAAACUAAAUAGGCAAUAAAGUUUAUUUUGCGCUGGC